AGCGUAUGUUCUGUAUCGUGUGGGGAAGGCACGAGCGUGCGUUCGAGGCUAUGUGAUCAUCCUGCGCCAUUACGGGGUGGGGCUGACUGUCAAGGAAACAAAACGCAAGACAAGCCGUGCAGCUUAAUGGUUUGCCCUGUAGACGGCCUGUGGUCAGACUGGACUGCCUGGACAUCAUGUCCAGUGUCUUGCGGUGGGGGUACUCACAUGCGACACAGAAGCUGUAUUCAUCCCGUACACGGGGGCAAGAAAUGUAUUGGAAACACAACCGAAGAACAGCCAUGCAACGUGCAUUACUGUCCCGUUGAAGGAAUGUGGAGAGAGUGGAGCGUUUGGACAAACUGCUCAAAGUCAUGCGGAACAGGAAGUCGCACCAGGCACAGGACUUGCGAUGAGCCUCUGUAUGGUGGAAACGACUGCGCAGGCCCAGAUGCAGAGACCGAACUCUGUAACGCGCAACCAUGCCCAGUCAAUGGAGCAUGGCAACUUUGGUCGGAGUGGUCUCGGUGUACAAAACCCUGCGGGAACGGGACGAAAACGCGGACCAGAGAUUGCAGGGUUCCGUUACAUGGCGGCGCAGAGUGUGUCGGAGUAUCUAUGGAGGCCAGUUUUUGCAACAUACAAGAAUGUGGAGUCAAUGGAGCAUGGCAACUUUGGUCGGAGUGGUCUCGGUGUACAAAACCCUGCGGGAACGGGACGAAAACGCGGACCAGAGAUUGCAGGGUUCCGUUACAUGGCGGCGCAGAGUGUGUCGGAGUAUCUAUGGAGGCCAGUUUUUGCAACAUACAAGAAUGUGGAGUGAAUGGCACGUGGCAUGAGUGGGAGUCAUGGAGCGCGUGUAGCGUCAGUUGCGGUGGCGGGAGCAGAAAUCGCACACGCUCAUGCUACGGGCCUUUUUUUGACGGCUACCCCUGUGAAGGACCGGACUCGGAAACUGGAAACUGCAGUGCCGCCCCUUGCCCAGUGGAUGGCGAGUGGAUGUCAUGGAAUUCUUGGGAACCAUGCAAUGUCACCUGUGGGAACGGGAAUCAAGUACGCUCUCGUGAGUGCAAAGAACCUCAGCACGGUGGCGCCCUCUGCAUUGGUGACGUCACAGAAUUGCGAUCAUGUAAUCCUCAGCCUUGUCCAGUUGACGGUUACUGGUUGCCGUGGACGGAGUGGGACAAGUGUACUCACACCUGUGGGGGCGGGUCCCAACGGCGCGCCAGAUCCUGCGAACCUCCCCUGCAUGGCGGGCGGCAGUGCGAAGGAGAGGAGGCAGAGAGCAGACAAUGCAAUGCCGAACCUUGUGCAGUAAACGGUUACUGGGAGCAAUGGGCCGCUUGGACAAACUGUAGCGUCUCGUGUGGCGGUGGAUUUCAGUCACGCCACAGAAACUGCACUCCACCGAGGUACGGCGGUGCGGAAUGUAUUGGAAAAGCACAGGAAGAACGCAACUGCUCAACUCAGCCAUGUCCAGUAAAUGGUUACUGGGAGAAAUGGUCCGCAUGGACAAACUGUAGCGUCUCUUGUGGCGGUGGAUUGCAGUCACGCUACAGAAACUGCACUCCACCGAGGUACGGCGGUGCGGAAUGUAUUGGAAAAGCACAGGAAGAACGAAACUGCUCCACUCAUCAGUGUCCAGUCGAUGGCGAAUGGACAAGUUGGUCCAAAUGGUCAGAAUGCAGCGCCACCUGUGGAGGCGGGAAUCAAACCAGAGAGCGAGCAUGCUCUCAGCCUCUGUUUGGUGGAAUACAUUGCCAUGGCAACUCCACAGAAAUUAGGGACUGUGGGUUGAACCCAUGUCCAGUGGAUGGAGUGUGGGAACAUUGGGGGGAGUGGCAAGGGUGUGACUUGACCUGCGGUGGAGGGAAACAGAGACGCAGGCGUCGCUGCAUUCCAGGUCAACAUGGCGGACGUGACUGUGAAGGGUUGGACGAGGAAAUUCGUGAUUGCAAUGAAAUGCCCUGCCCAGCGCCAGGGAUGUGGACAAUUUGGUCAACUUGGGGCUCCUGUGACGCCAUGUGUAACGGGGGAUAUCAAAUCCGGUACCGGAACUGUGACGCUACAAUCGGACUCUGUGAGGGAGAGUCACAAGAAAGAAGAGACUGCAAUGUAGAUCCUUGUCCGGAGGACGGUGUUUUCAUGGACUGGUCUACCUGGAGCAUUUGUAGUGCCAGCUGUGGUGGUGGUAGCCAGAGACGAUCCCGCGAAUGUGACGGCCCUAGAUACAAUGGCAGAAACUGCACGGGACCUUGGGAAGAGGAGCAGCCCUGUAAUACACGACCUUGCCCAGUUGAUGGUUACCUCACUCAAUGGUUAGAAUGGACGGAAUGUAGUGUGGCGUGUGGUGGUGGUUCACAGGAGAGAAAUCGCACGUGUGUAGAACCUCAAUAUGGCGGCCAAUCUUGUCAUGGCGAAUUACAUGAAAACAGAUCGUGCAAUAUCCGAAACUGCCCAGUUGAUGGGUUCCUCACUCAGUGGUCGGAAUGGAAGGAAUGCAAUGCGACGUGUGGUGGCGGUUCACAGGAGAGAAAUCGCACGUGUGUAGAACCUCAAUAUGGCGGCCAAUCUUGUCAUAGCGAAUUACGCGAAUACAGAUCUUGCAACGAACAACAUUGCCCAGUUGAUGGGUUCUUCACUGAGUGGUUAGAAUGGACGGAAUGCAAUGUAUCAUGUGGUGGCGGUUCACAGGAGAGAAAUCGCACGUGUGUAGAACCUCAAUAUGGUGGCCAACCUUGCCAUGGCACCUUGUACGAAUCCAAGUCUUGCAAUAGCCAACACUGUCCAGUGAAUGGUUACUUCACUGAAUGGUUAGAAUGGACGGAAUGUAGUGUGACGUGUGGUGGUGGUUCACAAGAGAGAAAUCGCACGUGUGUAGAACCUCAAUAUGGCGGCCAAUCUUGUCAUGGCGAAUUACAUGAAAACAGAUCGUGCAAUGUCCAAAACUGCCCAGUUGAUGGUCACCUCACUCAGUGGUCGGAAUGGACAGAAUGUAAUGUGACGUGUGGUGGUGGUUUACAGGAGAGAAAUCGCACGUGUGUAGAGCCUCAAUAUGGCGGCAAAUCAUGUCGAGGCGAAUUACGCGAGACAAAAGGUUGCAAUGAUCUGCCCUGUCCAGUGGAUGGGUUUUAUACCGAGUGGUCACCAUGGAGUCAGUGUCAGGUCAGUUGCGGGGGAGGACAUAUCGUUCGGACCCGCACUUGUCAACCACCAAAGCAUGGCGGUCUUCCCUGCCAGGGCGCCGCAACGGAAAGAGAAACAUGCAAUGAACACCCUUGCCCAAUACAUGGAUAUUUCACUGAAUGGGAAAACUGGAGCAACUGUAAUGUAACUUGUGCCGGCGGGACGAGGACUAGAAAUCGGACCUGUGUGGGACCUUUUCAUGGAGGAGAUGACUGUCCAGGGACAUGGGGGGAGAUGGAACCCUGCAACGAACAACCGUGUCCAAUUCCAGAAUGGACUUCGUGGAGUUCUUGGAGCCAAUGCAGCAAAACAUGCGGGGUAGGAGUUCGGUAUAAAACCAGGAGCUGUACCAUUUACAACAAGUGUGAAGGCAACCCGGUCAUCCACAUCAAGUGCAACGUUUUCCCUUGUGAACCAGCUAUUUCGUGUGACCAGUGGAAGAAACGUGGUCUCUCUGAAAGCACAGAAACUUUUGUGGACCCCGACGGCCCCGACGGCCCGCUGGAACAGUUCCCGGUGUUCUGCAACCUGACAGAAGAUGCAUCUUACACGGUCAUAGGUCAUGACAAUGAAGGUGAGAACCACAUCCAAGGGUUCGAAGGUGCUGGAGAGGGAUUCCGUUAUGUUACCUACAACAAAGCCUCUGUGCAGCAAGUGGCAAAACUUGUCGACGUUUCACAGAACUGCCAGCAAUACCUCUCGUGGCAAUGUUUCGGAGCAGCCAUUCACCACCCCGAGAAGAAUAUGACCCUAACGUACUGGCUUACCCGGUCACUGGAGAUGGCCAACUAUUGGUCUGGUGCCUCCCCGGGUAGUGGUAUGUGCGAGUGCGGCAUGACCGGAUCUUGCGUGGACAACUUGAAAUGCCAUUGUGACAAGAAUGACGAGACUUGGCGAGAAGACUCCGGGCUGGUAACCAACAGAGCCGAUCUCCCCAUUACCGGUGUCAAGAUUGGCGAUACAGGAAGUUCAUACCAGCCAGCUCAUCAUGUGCAAGAAAGAGGUGUUCUGACUAUUGGUAAAUUGAUUUGCUUUGGCUAAUCUGACAAGGAAGAAAAGGUCCGUAUGCGAUUGACUGAAUUGACUCAAAAUUGCUGACUGUUCGGAGACCCCAGGGAUUCUCUUGUUACAAAUACAACCUUAAGUUU